AUGACUUUGACCGGUGCCAAAGGAUUCGCUGGCUGGCACAUGAGUGGUCCGAAGAUGAAUAGCGGUUUCAAGAGAGGGACUUAUCAUCGCGAACUACGAGUGGAUCAACAACGAGGAAAUUUCGAAAAUCUGAUUGCAGCGGCCGAUGACUUGGACACUCAUCAUUGUACAGGGAUGCUCAAUUCAUUCAGUUCGCGUUCACCUGGGAGCCGAGUUUGGUUGUUCAAGCUUAACCGCUUCAUUUCCGCCUCCAGACGCCGAAUCUUGGGCAUCCUGAAGGAGCCGGAAGAAAAGAUACAUGAUUCUUUAACCGGCAAGACAAUGACCUUUUUGUCCGACGAGUACGCGUCGAGGACUGCAUCAUCUCUCGCUAAAAACAAGCAGAGACGCAUCAAUCUUCACGAUCGGGAGGCAGUGGAAGAAGAAAUCAUUGCGCGUGCCGAACGCAACUUGAAGAGAGCGAACCGAAGGAUGGACGAAAACUAUAUCGAAGAAGUUUCUGACGACGAACAUUUUCUGGAUGAAUCAAAUGUCCAGGAGACGGCUCCUGUCGUUAAGCCUUCUAUCCCGAGUUUCAUAGCGGACGCUGUGGACUUCAUAGGUUCACUCACACCUACCACCAGGUCUAUUCUUGCUUCAAUGUCGGUUAAGGCUUAA